UUGGAAUUUGCUGUUGCCAUGGCAAUGGAAUAGAGCACGCUCUCUCGCUUCUUUCCUGUUCCCUCUUGCUUUAUAUAUCCCUCUGUCUCUCUCUAGGUGAAAUGUGGAAACGGAUCAGCUUCUUUCCCUUCGGGAGCAACGCUGAGACGCAUGCCAUGGCCACUUACUGAGAAGAGGGACGAAACCUCGAGUUGUGGAUCCACGUUCACAUAGAGACUGAGGUAAGUGAGAAGAAGAGGAACACAGGGAGCAGAGAGAGAGAGAGAGAGAGGGGAACGAGAAGAGAGGAAACGAGAGAGGAAACAAGAGAGGAAGAGCGGUCUAUGGAUGCGGCUUGGACAGAGGGGACUCUGAAUGCGCACUCUUCACUGACGAGGAACAGCAAGCUGCAGACAUGGAGGCAAAAGGCAGAGGCAUGCCCCAAGUCAUGGUGUGGUGGGAGAAGGGGAUCCAGGUUGUCCUCACCACUUUGGGGGCGUUUGCAGCCUUUUCCCUGAUGGCGGUGGCCAUUGGGACGGACUACUGGCUGUACGCACGGGCCUUCAUCUGCAACAGCACGGCCAACUCCUCCCAGGACGACCCCAACAACAAGGACAAGAAAGACCCUGGUGCCCUCACCCACUCUGGCCUCUGGAGGAUAUGCUGUCUGGAGGGGCUGAAGAGAGGAGUGUGUUCUCAGAUCAAUCAUUUCCCGGACGAUGCAGACUAUGAUCAGGAUGCAGCAGAGUAUCUCCUGCGUGUUGUCCGAGCCUCCAGUAUCUUCCCCAUCCUGAGUGCUAUACUGCUCCUGAUGGGAGCGAUAUGUGUUGCAUCCAGCAGCUUCUACAAGAGCAAGAGGAACAUCAUCCUAGGAGGAGGCAUCCUGUUUGUGGCUGCUGGCCUGAGUAACAUUAUCGGCGUGAUAGUGUACAUCUCUGCGGCGCUAAGCGACAUCUCGCCCAAGAAGGACGAGGACAAGAAGUGGCAUUACUCGUACGGCUGGUCCUUCUACUUCGGAGGCCUCUCAUUCAUCCUGGCUGAGAUGGUGGGCGUCCUGGCCGUCAACAUCUACAUCGAGAAGAACAAGGAGCUGCGCUGCCGCUCACGCACCGAACUCUUCAAGAGCACCACGCACGCCAUGCUCCGCCUGCCCAGCUACCGCUUCCGCCGGCGCUCCCGCUCCAGCUCGCACUCUACCGACCCGCCACGCUCCCCCCGUGACACCUCACCCACAGACGCCAAGAGUUUUGCAUUACCGCCGUCUGCCCCGCCUUUCUCUGUGGCCACCCUGCCCAACCCGCACCAUGCUGGUGGAGGAGUAGGGGGCGAUAUCUCCAUGUAUACCCUGACCCGGGACUCCAAGAUGGGGAGUCUUGGUGGUGGCGGGCCCCCCCUCUACGGCACGGUGGACCGGGCCUCCCUCUACCAGCUGCACAGCUACUUCCCCAAUGAGGAAGUGGGGGUGAUGAUGAGCGGUACACUGCCUUCUCUCUCCAAGUCCAACCUCUCUGCGGCGGGCCAGAAUUCCGCGGUCGGCGGCACUGCCAUUGCGCCCCUGAAUACCUUGUCAUCCUCCGGUCUUACCCCCCAGCAGCCACCUCUGUCCACUGGCACCAUGGAGAGAGAGAGGGGCAUGGGCACCCUGGACCGCCUCGGGGGCAAACGAAACAGGGACACUGACUCGGACACGCUGAACAGGAGAACCACGCCAGUGUGAGCCUUGGAGAUAGGAGCAAGAGCCAUGGAGGUGCAGGGCCAUCUCAGUUUGUUUUUGACUACUAUGAAUAUAUCUAUUCCACUGACGAGAAUAUCAAAUGUAUUAUUGACAACAGUAUUGAGUAUAUAUUCAUUUUGAAAUGCACAAUGUGUCUAUAGUUGUAAACUUUGGUUUGUCUCAUCAUUCCGAGUGCUUGAUUAUCAUAGCCAGGUUACAAGACUGUAAAGAUGGUAACUUCUUGAAUAUGAUCACAUUGCUGUUGUUUCUUGUAAUCGUAAAUGAAGGGUAAAUUUGUACAUUUUGAACUAUGAUUUUUGUAUUUUAAAGUUUUCAUUGAUUUCUAGCUCCAUCACAAUUCAAUCUGAGGGCGUCAUGCAGGAAGCAUGUGCGCAAAUUAUGAGUGUAAUAUUGUGUUUGUAUUUUAUUUUAAAUAUAUUUUAUUCAAAUAUUAUUAUUAAUAAUAAUUGUUACUAUUAUUAUUAUUAUUAUUGUUAUAAUUAUUGUUAUCAUCCCAUUUUUAAGGCUAUUGUUUUUGUUAUUACAGGUAUAACCAACAUAGCCUAAUCUGUGUUUUUUAUUCUUCAUGACAAGUGUAUUAGAUUAUAGGCUUUAUUUUAGUGAUGGUAUGUACUGUAUUCUUAUUGUUCUUCUUUAAAGCAGUGAUUCUCAACUCGUGGGUCGCGACCCAAAUUUGGGUCACGGGAGGUUUUGAAUGGGUAUACCCAUUGUAACUUCUUGAAUAUUAUCACAAUGCAAAUACUGGGUCACUACUAAAACAACCUGGUUUAUUUUGGGUUCCGAGGAAAAACCAGUUGAGAACCACUGCUUUAAAGAUCCUACCUUGGGGUUAGGGGUCUGAGAGCCUAUGAUCCUGUGAUCAUAAUAAAUUAUAUUUCUACUCGAAUACACAUUCAUCAAACUAAGGACAUUUGUGAUGGGUAAGCAAUACAACAUUCUGAGCCUCAAAAAUAAAUACAAAAUAAAACAAAUAUAUUCAAUAAAGUUAUAUA